UCUACACAGGCUUAAAUUUCUAUUAUUAUGCAACGGAUUAUCAGGACAGUGCACUGCAACAGAAUUACAGGGCCAAGCUGCUUUAACAUAAAGCUCCUCUCAGUCAUUCCCCCCCCCCCCCCCCACCCCUGUUAAUUCUUCCCUUUUUUUUUUUUUUUUGUUGCAAGUCUAUUUUUUUCCUUCUUUGCUAAGAUGCUAAAUACACCUGGCUGCAGGAUAAUUGCAAACCCUGCUUUCUACUAUCACAAGAGAAGUGCAAAAAAAAUAAUAUAAUAACAAUUUUCCCAGUUCCUUGGAUGUGUCUUUAUUCUCAGCUUUCCCAAGCUGCGGAGGGCUCUGCCAUCUACAGAGCUCAUAGGGGAUGAGAGCAGAUUGCUGCUUUCCGUAGCUUGUCUGUAGCUGUGUGCUUGUGUGUGUAUAUCUCUCAUCCAUCCACUGGCUUUGCUGGCUGCAACUUCAACUCAAACCUCUGUGUCCAAAAAUGUGUGAGGUGUAUGGGAAUGGUGUGGGAUGCACAUAAAACAGUGAUGCGAGGGGAUUGUGCUGCUCCAAAAUCUGCUAUCUAAAAACACACAGGAAGAAAAUCAUGUAAAGGGAGCAUUGGUGGUGGCUGGUUUGUGGCAUCCUCUGCAGAUUGGGAUAUACUGUACAGUACUGUGCAAGGAGACCUACUGUAGGGGUGCACCUCUCAUUGCUUGGUGGAAUCAACCUCUGCUGGUUUGCAAUUUGUGCCUGAAUUUCCUACUUGGAGACGAAGACUGGAUCCUUUUGCUGCCUCUAUACAGGAUGCAUGCAAUUUAAAUGUCUGGCUGAGGUUAUUGUUUUCCCCCUAAACAAGGAUUAAUGCUACUUCUUGGAGGGGAUCUUUUCAACCAAGUGACAACGUGAGCUGUUAGGAGACAGACCAUGGUUCUGGAGAGCACCCCUCAUUAACGCUAGGGUAUCUUUUCUUGACUUACAAUGGAAAAAAUCCUCUGCAGCCUACUGGUAUUUGGAAUGGCAGUAGUGGUCAAGUCAUGUCCCAAAUAUUGUGUCUGCCAGAACUUGUCAGAAUCACUAGGGACUUUGUGUCCUUCAAAAGGAUUACUUUUUGUACCCGUAGACAUUGACCGAAGGACAGUUGAACUCCGACUUGGGGGAAAUUUUAUCAUAAGCAUCAAUCGACAAGACUUUGCCAACAUGACUGGUCUUGUUGACCUUACUUUAUCUAGAAACACCAUCAGUUAUAUUCAGCCGUAUUCUUUUAUUGAUCUAGAGAGCCUUCGAUCUUUGCAUUUGGACAGUAACAGGUUGACCAUCAUUGGAGAUGAAAUAUUUAGAGGCCUAAUUAAUCUACAACACUUGAUUAUGAACAAUAACCAGCUAAAUAGCGUUGCAGAUGAUGCUUUCGAAGAUAUUUUACUGACGUUGGAAGAUCUUGACCUUUCUUACAAUAACCUUAAAAUGAUUCCAUGGGAUGCCAUACGAAGGAUGAUUAACCUGCAUCAGCUUAGUCUGGACCAUAAUUUAAUAUAUUAUAUCACAGAGGGUACAUUUCAGGACCUCAAUAAAUUGGCCAGACUUGAUUUGACUUCUAAUCGGCUACAAAAGCUACCUCCUGAUCCAAUAUUUUCAAGGUCGCAAAUAUCAAUGAUCUCUGCGACACCCUUUCUCCCCCCUUUGUCUCUCAGCUUUGGAGGUAAUCCACUUCAUUGUAAUUGUGAGCUGCUCUGGCUGAGGAGACUCGAGAGGGAUGAUGAUAUGGAGACCUGUGCCUCUCCUUCACCUCUGAAAGGAAGGUACUUCUGGUAUGUUCGAGAAGAAGAGUUUGUGUGUGAACCACCAUUAAUUACCCAACAUACGCAGAAGUUGCUAGUCCUGGAAGGACAAACCGCGUCCCUAAAAUGUAAAGCCAUUGGAGAUCCUGCUCCGGUCAUACAUUGGGUUGCUCCCGAUGGCCGCCUCAUUGGAAAUUCUUCAAGGACAGCAGUUUAUGACAAUGGCACUUUAGAUAUCUUAAUUACCACAUCCAAGGAUUAUGGGACCUUUACUUGCAUAGCGGCAAAUGCUGCCGGGGAGUUAACAGCACCGGUUGAGUUGUCAAUUAUCCAGUUGCCGCAUCUCAGCAAUGGCACCGGUCGGGCAGCUCCACCCAAAUCAAGGCUUUCUGACAUCACCAGCUCUAGCAAAACUAACAGAGGAGAAGUAAAGACUCCACCAGAGAAGGCUGUUGUAGUGUCUGAGGUGACAACUAGCUCAGCAUUGGUUAAGUGGUCAGUGAGCAAGGCCGCUCCCAAAGUUAAAAUGUACCAACUUCAAUACAAUUGCUCAGAUGAUGAAGUUCUUAUAUACAGGAUGAUCCCCGCCGCCAACAAGGCAUUUGUCGUCAACAACCUGGUAUCUGGGACAGCGUACGAUCUGUGUGUCUUGGCCAUCUGGGACGACACUGCGACGACACUAACUGCUACAAACAUAGUGGGAUGUGCCCAGUUCUUCACCCAAGAGGACUAUCAACAGUGCCAGUCCAUGCACAGCCAGUUCUUAGGGGGAACAAUGAUUCUAGUUAUUGGAGGCAUCAUAGUUGCUACAUUGCUGGUCUUCAUUGUUAUUUUAAUGGUAAGAUAUAAAAUUUGCAACAGUUCCCAGGGAAAGAUGGCCAAUGUCAGCAAUGUUUAUUCCCAAACUAAUGGAGGAAACUCAGUGCAGAAUGGGGUUCCGCUACAAGUCAACCCAAAAGUGGUGGUGAGGAAUGAACUAAUGGAAUUCAACUGUGGCUCAGUGCACAGUAGUGUCUCGUCCUCUUCUAGUUCCGUGAAUAGUCCAGAGGGCGAUGACUACAGUCUACAGAGUAAUCAAAGCACUCUGUCCAAUAAGUGGAGGCCUGUCUCCAGGUCUAAGCAUAACAUUGAUAAGCUAAUGGGGGCCUUUGCCACCCUGGAGUUGAGGUGUCAAAGAAAGGAGGACACUGUAGACUCCAGGACUACAACAACAGUUCACCAGUCAGACAAAGAGCCUUUACUGGGCAACCAAGAGUCCAAAGUACGUAGCCUCCUCAUGUUACCUCUGGAGGGGAAAGCCAAACGUAGUCAUUCAUUUGAUAUGGGGGACUUUGCCACAACUCAGUGCUGUAGUUACCCACGAAAUAUGUCAAAUAUUUGGACUAGGAGAAGCCUCUCAGUUAAUGGGAUGCUUUUACAGUAUGAUGAUAGUGAAAUAGCUGGGGACACGAUUAAAAGCACCUACGACAGCAGUUCAGAAUGGGUAAUGGAAAGCACAGUGUAAAUACAGCCCAGCUCCUUUAAUGAUAUUCUUGCUGUUUCUUAAGGCAAGCAUAGUGUCCAAGAAAUCUACCGUAUGAAUUGCUAGGUCUCUGAAAUCAGAGACGGGUAACACAAAAAAUCCACGGCAGGAGUUAUCAUGACACAAAUCGAGCCAGUUAUAUUAAGCCAGUGGUGGACUGUUCAGCAGAGCAGAUGAUAAGCACAUGCUAUAGUCCAAGUGCUCUUUAUUAUAUGAACCCAAGAAAAGGACGGCUGAUGAGGGAAUGUUCAUUCCUGUCUUUUAAUACGACCUUUGGUGAAGAAUCGCAGAGGCAUCGGUGAAGUUAUGAUGAAGCCACCAAACGUCCAAAUAACACCAUUUGUGGUCACCUCAAAUGUUUUUCUUUCUUUUUUUUGUUUUAAUUAUGCUAUUUUUUAUUUUAGAUAUUAUUAUUUUUUACCAAACUUGAUUUAUUUAUUGUCAUUUGAUAUAGUUAUUUUAAUCUCUUUAAUAAAACUAAAGGGAAACAAUCUUAAAGUAUAUAUAUAUUUUUCAAAAAAAAUAAAGUAAAAAAAAAAAUUUAUAGACCAUUUAUACAUAUUUUUUCAUCAGCUUUUCUGUCUGCCUUAGAUGAGUUUAUAGGGAGAUGUAAUAGAGUAUAAUUAUUAAAGAAUUUUGAAUGCAUACAAUGAAAAUUAAAGGGUCAAAUUCAUUUUGGGGAGUGGGGUGGCUAUAAACCACAUAGUAUCAAGUAAAAUGAUGUUAUUAUUUUUUUAAGUGUGUGGUCCAUUAAUCCCAAAAUUAAUAAAGUUAGAGGUGCUUGAGUUUGUUUUGCUACAUGGGACAAAGUACUGUAUACAUUUUAAGUAACUACUUGCCAGGGGGUAAAAGGACAAACUUUUGAGAAGAGAGAUGUUCAAACCUAAGAACCUCAAGUGUUGCUGACCUACAUUUGUAAUAUACUUCCUAACCCAGGGAAGUCCCUCAAGAGUCGUUAAUGAUGAUUUUAAGAGGCACUUAAUUAAUCAAAGUUGAAACGUUCUGUAAGCCAGUUUUUCUGAGGUUGAUCUACUACUGACAUAGAAGUGUUUUUUAACUAUUUGCUUAAGAUGAAGUUCAGCAGCAACUGAAGUUCUUAAGAGUGAACAUCAAUGAAAGUUGACCAAAGUCUAGUCAUUCCCAGGAGGGUACAAACUUACAAAAUAAAUAGUGCUCAGAAUAUACUAAGAUAUGACAAGAUAAAAAUUGUCAUUCCAGAUGUCAGCAACACAAUCAAGCGUAUCGACUGGGAGUAGCAGGAUAUCAUUGACGGCUUGCACUUCCUAGGUAAAAAAUACCGGAGAGUACCAACGUUUUUCGAAGAACUAUUAAGGAUGUUUGAAUCGUCCACCAUCAUUCUCAUUAAUGACUUUCUUGUGACUGAGAGGGGGAAAAAGUACAUUCAGCUGUCAUGGACUUACUUUAGCUCUGGUUUAAUUUUGUUUCUACGAUUUCUCUGGUCACUGGCAUCCUUGAACAUUUUGUACAGAAAAAAAAAAUUAACAAGGUGAAUAUAAUGUAUACUGUUUUUUUUAUCACUAAAGACAAAGGGAUGAGAGCUAUGUUGUGACCUGGCUGUGUACUUCUCUUGUAUGGUCGUGUUUCCUACUCUGAGUUUUAGAAUUUGACAUUCAUGUGAAAAAAAAGAACCAUUUUUGCUACAAAUUGUACAGUAAAAAAAAAAAAAUCUAAAUUGAAAA